UUUAAAUCCUACUUCUAUUUCCAUGUGUGUGGCUUAAAUUUCUCUUUGAACAAUUGUCAACAGUCAAGACCCUUAUACAAGUCUUAACUUAAGCCCUUUACUCUCUUUGUCACAACCCCAUUUCAUUUUCUAAAACACUUGACAAACACUCUGCUAUGAAUGAUCAAAGGGCUGGCACAAGCCAAGGAAUACAAGAUCAAGAUGAUCAUGGUGAAGAUGAGCAAAUCAUCCGGGACAUCCACGCCUUGACACCACCUCACGCACCGCCACAGCUGGCUAAUCGGGGCCGAAGAAGGGAAGCUUGGGAGACUAGUAGCCAUAGAUCAUCAUCUUUGUCCAUGGCUAGCUCAGAAGGUGCUCCAAGUGAGAAUUUCAGUAGCAUAAGUAGAGAGUUCAGUGCUCUAGUGGUUGCAGGAUCAGCUAUUGGGACUAAUAAUAGUACCAAUGAAAAUGAUAGCGCUGUAAAUCAUGGGAACAAUAACUUGGGCAGGAUUGGAGAGGAGGACAAUAUGCCUGAGGAGGAACUUAACCCUUUGGCUAUAGUACCAGAUAAUUACAACCCAUCAGAGCCAAUUGCUUCUCCAAGACAAGCUGGGGCUAGGAAUUAUGCAGUUGGGUCUUCAUCAAGCAUUGCUGGGACUCAGGGUCAUCAAGGAGGUGAUCAGGUGGUUUCUGUGCAGAGGGUGAAGAAAGAAGAGGUGGAGUCAAAGAUAUCAGCUUGGCAAAACAACAAGAUUGCCAAGCUUAAUAACAGGUUUAAGAGGGAGGAUGCUAUCCUUAAUGGUUGGGAAAGUGAGCAGGUUCAGAAAGCUUCUUCUUGGAUGAAGAAAGUUGAGAGGAAGUUGGAGGAGAAAAGAGCAAGGGCCCUAGAAAAGAUGCAGAAUGAUAUAGCCAAAGCUCAUAGAAAAGCAGAGGAGAGGAGGGCAUCAGCUGAGGCUAAAAGGGGAACAAAAGUGGCAAGAGUUCUUGAAAUAGCCAAUUUAAUGAGAGCUGUUGGAAGAGCACCUGCAAAAAAGUCCUUCUUCUAAGCCUUAAAUUACCAUUUUCCAUAUGCCAUACCCCCCAACAAAAAAAAAAAAAAUCAUUAGGGAAAAUAAAUGUCCCACAAUCAUAUAAGGGCCUUUUCCUUUUGAAUGAAGGCACCUCAAUAUGAUGAAAUUGGGCAAUGAAGAGUGGCAUUAAGAGAAAAAAUAUAAAUUAGGGAUUUUGAGUGCUUGUGAUUGAUGGGUAUUUUUGAGUGCUUUAAGUGUGCUGGAAUUUUGGGAUGGAUCUGUUAGUUGUAGUGGUGAAAGAAGCUUCUGAAUCUUGUACAGUUUUCUUAUUCUUGGUCAGGAGUUGGUGUUUAUUGUUGUAAUGCAUAUAAUUUUCUAAGCAUAAUUUGGUGUAUCUUCCACCUAUGAAAUGCAAUGG